AUGGCUCGUUCGCGCCCAGAGCCGGUUAUUGUGUCGGCAUCUACUAGUUCCAGUAGCAGCAGUAGCCCAGAACACUUUACCUGCAACGACGAUGGUAGCAACGACUUCGUUAUGGUACCCGACGACAACGUCUCCCUGGCUGCGUUAACUGAAUUUCGUAACAUGACUGUGUCCCCAACCGACAAGUUAACUGUUACGCACAAACAAUUGAGCCAUCAAAACAUUCAACAUGUUUCCUCCACUCCCCCCGUCUACCGAUUACCCCCAGAGCUCCUUAUCGCCAUCUUCUCCAAGGUUUCGUCGGUGGUGGAUCUGAGGUCAUGCAUGCUAGUUUCGAGGCAGUGGGCAAACUGUAGCGUCGAGCUCCUGUGGCAUCGCCCCUCGUUUGACGAGUUCAUCAAGUACCAGAACAUGGUAAAGGCUGUUGAAGACGUUAACGCCACUUACAAAUACGCGCAGCUGAUCAAGCGACUUAAUCUCACUACUAUCGCUGGAAAAAUCAGUGAUGGAAGCAUGGAGCCCCUGGUCAAGUGUACAAAGUUGGAACGGCUGACCCUCACCAACUGUUUGCACCUUACCGAUUUGCCGCUACAAAAAAUAUUCGAUAAUAAUCCUCGGAUCCAAGCCCUCGAUUUGUCGCAACUCCAUAGCAUUACGGAUAACGCGCUGUUGGCCGUGGCCAAAAACUGCCCACGCCUUCAAGGUCUAAAUAUUGCUGGGUGUAAGCGUGUGACAGACGCAUCUCUGAUCCCGUUGUCGGAAAGAUGUAAAUCGUUGCGAAGGCUUAAACUUAACGAGUGUAACUUCAUCACAAAUGCUGCAGUAGCCUCACUAGCCGCGCAUUGCUCCCAACUUCUAGAAAUCGACCUUUACAAAUGCCACAAUAUCACCGAUGAAGCUAUAGGCCAUCUAUUCACACAAUUGCGCCAGCUCCGAGAACUACGAUUAGCUUAUUGUGAUCUCCUGACCGACGAUGCUUUCCUCCAGCUACCAACGCGGACUUACGAUUUUCUACGCAUUCUGGAUCUCACUGGUUGUGAGCUCCUCACAGACGAGGCAGUUAAUAAAAUCGUGACAGCUGCGCCCCGCCUGCGCAAUCUGGUCCUGGCGAAAUGUAGGAAUAUCACAGACAAAGCCGUGACCCACAGUGUCAUCAAGCUUGGGAAGAAUCUGCACUAUUUGCACCUUGGCCACUGCCAGCAUUUGACAGAUAGGGCUGUACAGACGCUAGUCCGCUACUGUAAUAGGAUAAGGUACAUCGAUCUCGCAUGUUGCACACACCUGACCGAUCAGAGUGUGAGCCACCUUGCGGGUCUUCCGAAGUUACGGAGAAUUGGGUUGGUCAAAUGCCAAAAUAUUACGGAUUACUCAAUCCAAACAUUGUUGAAGGGGAGCAAGGAUAUGCCGUGUCCGUUGGAAAGAGUGCAUCUUUCUUACUGCACCAAUCUGACUGUCGAUGGCAUCCACGAACUUAUCACCAACUGCCAAAGGCUAACCCAUCUGAGUUUGACUGGAGUGGAUGUCUUUUACCGUAGGAAGGACUUCACACAGUUCUGCAGGCCACCACCUGAUGAAUUCAACGAGCACCAACGGGAAGUCUUCUGUGUUUUCAGUGGCAGCGGCGUUGGCAAGCUACGGAACUAUCUCAACGCACAAAAAGCACACUCGGAGGGAACACCAAACCUGGAUCAGAAUUACUACGUGGAUGAUGAGGAUAAUCAAGAUAUGGAUGAGGAAUUGGAAGAGGUUGAUUAA